AUGCUCGACAACCGCAAAAAACUACAGCCGGGCGGCGGUGGUGGUGGUCUCUUGCGUAGUUUGAGAGGAAAACGAAAUGCUUUGCACAAAGUGCUGAACAAUGUUUUUGAGGAGCUGACGCUGAAAGACUGCGCGGUGAAGUCUGUUUUGAUACCGUGCUACGAUCUGAUGAGCGGCGCCCCGUUUCUGUUCUCACGUGCCGACGCUGUGGAGAUGGCUGAUUUCAGGAUGGCGGCGGUUUGUGGGGCUACGGUGGCUGAUGACAGAGCUGUGGAGCUGAGGUCAACGGAUGGGAGGAAGAAGAUGGUGGCCGUUGGUGGUGGGGUGGGCAAUCCAACGGCUGCAGCUAUAACACAUGUGGUGAACAACAAGAAAGAGUUCCCAAUGUGUCGGGGAGUUGAGGAUCUGUUGGUGCUCUCACUAGGAAAAGGAUUACCUGAAACAUCAUCAUCACUUGAACAAGUUGCCGCUCACACAGCUGCUGACAUGGGAAAUGGAAUAGGAGGAUCGGUUAAUAUGGUGAGCAGUGCAGAUGAAAUGUUGGGGCAGAAGAAUGUGGAAUCUGUAUUGUUUAGAGGGAGGAAGGUGAGUGAGUUUACAAACAUGGAGAAAAUGGAGAUGUUUGCAAGGGAGUUGAUCAAAGGAAAAGAAAUGAGAAACAAACAAGGCACCUAA